CCGCCCAGAAAUCGCUCCCGAGUGCCUCGCCGAUCGAAUCCCCCCGGAAACCGCAGCCUAUGCGCGCCGGGUUCCGGGCGGGGGCUCCCUCGGCGCCCCGGCUUCCGGCGCUGAGCUCGCUGCCGCCCCAGCGCGGUAUGGAGGCGAAGGAGGCAUCCACGCCAGCUACCGGCGGCGGGUGCUCGGUGUCAGCGGAGGAGAUCGAAAAGUGGAUGGAGGAGGCCAUGCAAAUGGCCAAAGAAGCCCUAGAAAAUAUUGAAGUUCCUGUUGGCUGCCUUAUGGUCUACAACAAUGAAGUUGUGGGGAAAGGAAGGAAUGAAGUUAACCAAACCAAAAAUGCUACUCGACAUGCAGAAAUGGUGGCCAUCGACCAGGCCCUAGCCUGGUGCCGGGGGAGCGGCCGGAGCCCCUCGGCGGUGUUCGAGCGCACGGUGCUGUACGUCACGGUGGAGCCAUGCAUCAUGUGCGCAGCUGCCCUCCGCCUCAUGAAAAUCCCGCUGGUUGUGUAUGGCUGUCAGAAUGAACGUUUUGGUGGUUGUGGCUCUGUUCUAGAUAUUGCCUCUGCUGAUUUACCAAAUACUGGGAGACCGUUUCAGUGCAUUCCGGGGUAUCGGGCUGAGGAAGCAGUGGAAAUGUUAAAGAACUUCUACAAACAAGAAAAUCCAAACGCACCAAAAUCAAAGGUUCGGAAAAAGGAGUGUCAGAGAUCCUGAGUUUGUUCUAACAAAGGACUAAUGCCCCUGGAUGAAAUUCUUGCCUGAAUGCUGGUGACAUCAUUGAAUCAGAUGUUAUAUAUCGUCCUUAACCUGUGGGAAAAAUGGUCUCUCAUCAUUUCCUCUGUUAAAGGAACAAAUGAACACUUUGACAAAGUCUGACAAUUGCAAUAAACUAUUAAUUAGUUUUUCCACAAGCUGGAAAGUAAAAGCUUGAGGUUUUAGAAAUUAAUAAGCAGGACAAUGCACUUCUUGCCAAAAGCAUCACCAGUUCAGGACAGUGCUGUCAGAGCAGGUACCUGCAGGUGCAAUUACCUGGCGUGUCUGCACCGGGCUGUGCCACUGCGGACCCCUGCCCCACGCCUGGCAUUGCAGAAUUGCAUUCUUCAUUCUUUGCAGCCACCAUGUUCUCCCAGAGUGUUGGGGGCCCGUGACGUUCUUGGAAAUUGUCUACGUUGCAUACCUGUAGACCAUGAUUAUAUGGUCUUUUGAACAGAUUUUUGCCUUUAUAAAGCAUUUAGAGAAAAUGCAUAUUCUAAAACAAGUGCUUAAGUGUCAUUUUAAAUUGCAACAUAUUGCUAAAAUAAAACCGUAUUUGUGCCUUUUUUGAAGAUGGAUAAUGUUAAAAAUAGAAGAUAAAAGCAUAAAGGGGACAAUCCCUUCUUUGUUAUUGAGCAACUGUAUUGGGAAUCAGUGAACAAAACAAAGCAUCCUGCCCUCAUGGAGCUUAUGUUCUAGCAGGGGAGACAGAUACUAAGCAGAAUAGAUUAUACAGCAUGUGAGAGGGUGGUCCAGAUUAGGCAAAAAGAAUGGGCAUGCCAUUGGUGGUGGGAAUGCUGGAUGCACAAUCAUUUUUAAAAAAUAUAUAUUUUAUUGAUUUUUUACAGAGAGGAAGGGAGAGGGAUAGAGAGUCAGAAACAUCGAUGAGAGAGAAGCAUCGAUAAGCUGCCUCCUGCACACCCCCUACUGGGGUUGUGCCUGCAACCAAGGUACAUUCCCUUGACCGGAAUCGAACCCGGGACUCUUCAGUCCCCAGGCCGACGCUCUAUCCAGUGAGCCAAACCAGCUAGGGCUGGUGCACAAUUAAAUAGAAUGGUUACUUUGAUCUGAAAUCGUAUACAGUUCUUUCUUUUUAUAAAAAUUCAGAUUUAGAAUUUAAAGUCUGAAAUUGUACAGUGUGAACACAGCACUGGAAAGGGUAUCCACAGCAGGCACUCCCAGAUAUUCGCGCUGACUGGCGUGGGGUGCUGCAGAGCUGGGCUGCAGUGCUCAGAGCUGGGCUGCAGUGCUCCUCAUCUGCCCAGAAGGGGGCCUCCACGUUCUACCGGAAGCCCGGCUCCAGGCCCUGGACAGCAGCUCCUCAGUUGCAUUUCUUCAGUGGGUUCAUUUCCUUGAUACAAAGCAUCUGUAUUGUUGGUUCUGCCAUUUGAGCGAUGUCUCUGACUUGUUUGUUUUGAAUUACAUUACAGGCUGGAAAGUAAUUGUGAAAGUCUUUUUAUGUUGCUGAGAGAAGCAGCUAAUCACAGUGACAUGCUUCAGAGGAUUUAUAAUUGCUCUAUUUUGUACGUGUGCGUUUUUAACUGCAUUUGAGUUUUAUGGAGAAGAAUAAGCAUGAUUUUAAAUCUAUGUUACAUGUAACUUCUCUUCAAUUUCCCCUUCUUUUAAGAUUAUCCUCUCGUUAAAUUUUAGUGCUUUGACUAGUU